AUGGGAUCUCCGUCAGGCGCUUCAAUGCAACAGGACUUGGAGGCACUUGCAGACUGGGGCCAAUUGUCUGUCGACGUCCUGGAUGCCAUUGUGGAGGUGGUGAAGAGGUCAUGGACCCAGGCCAGCAUCAGGUGGCUGCUGCAAUCAGCUCGGCUUGUCAACAGCCAUUGGGGCCGUUGGGCCACAGGGGCGGUCACCAGUGUACAGGCGGUAGUGGCUACAUGUGAUUUCCACAACCUGAAUGCCGCGUGUGUCGCCAGAAAAUUCUCUGGGGUGCGUUCAUUGGCCAUCGCAUCGAAAAACGUUAAUGAUGUAUGGGCGGUGAUGGAUGUGGGGGACUCGGGUUUGAUUAACAUGGUAAAACACUACUGGUUUGCACUGCAGUUGUUGGCAAAAUUGGAGCAGCUGACAUCUUUGGAUGUGAUGAAUUUUCCUAUACCGGAACGUUCAUUGUUGGCAAAAGCUGGAAAACUGAAACAUCUCAGCAGAUUGCGUUUAGAUCAGUGUGGUCCACUCGCCAGUGAUAACCUGGUGCGCCUGUGCUCUACCACGUCCCUCACCAAUCUCACUGUGAAUUCUGUCAAGAUGAGGCCCGACGUAUUGGAGUGCUUGACAAAAGUGACGUCCAUCACAUGUCUGGAUGUGCGCUUUUGCGACCUGAGCAACGACCAACUCGCUGUUUUGGCAACUAUGACGCUGCUCAAGCAAUUGCAGUUGUCAGGUGAGAUGUCAGACGAUGGGCUGGCGUGCAUAGGCCAUUUAAAGCGCCUCACCCACUUGGGCAUGGCGCCAUCCCACCUCAUUUCACAUGACGGUUUCAAGCACAUGCAGAGGCUGCCAGCACUGAAUGGGUUGGACUUGUUCCCGGCACAUGUGAGACACCUUGGGCAUGCACGCGAUUUCUCCUUUAACUGGGUAACACAGAUGGCGCACCUGACUCGCUUGGGUCUUCGCGGGUUUGACUACACCAAGAAUGCGAGCCUCACCAUCCUUGAUGAUCUUCCACAUCUCAGGCAUCUUGACAUCACGUCGUGUGAGCUAAAGAGGGAUGGCUUGGCGCCAGUGGGGAAUCUGACUUGCCUCAGACACCUGAAUGUAUCCCGAAUCUUCGGUCCCCCCCACCGUCACAAGGCGGAAUACAUAAGCAGAUUGUCCCACCUGGAGGUUUUGGCAGUGUCUGGAGACGCUUGUUUUGAUGAUGGCUGGCUGGAAUGCUUGGGGAAGUUGCCAAUGCUCACAAAGCUGGAUUUCAACAGAUGUUGUGGCAUCACAGAUGAGGUGCUGGGACGGCUUGAAUCAUUGACGGGUCUGAGGCACAUUGAAGUGUCCAAUUGUAGCAGGGUGACCACUACUGGAGUGCAGCGUCUACGGGAUGCACCUCGAAUUCCGGGCUGUGUUGUGGAGGGGUGA